CGGGCGCAGUGGAGCAUUGUGGGAUUGUACGAAUAUUGACAGGGCAACGAGACGAGCCGAGACGGUUUGGUGUGAUUACAAAUCUAUUAUUUUCUUCACAAACAUUUCCGAACAGGGACAUUAGGCUUGAGCAGCACACGAUGAACGGAUCGGUGGCCAAAAAGACGCAGGAAACUCUGGGGAAAGUGAUAAAGAAACCCCCUCUGACUGAAAAGCUGCUCAGCAAGCCGCCUUUCCGUUACCUGCACGACAUAGUGAGCGAGGUAAUCCGCACCACUGGCUUCAUGAAAGGCCUUUAUGGUGAAGCAGAGAUGAAGUCAGACAAUGUAAAGGAUAAAGAGUCGAAGAUAGCGUUCCUCCAGAAGGCCAUAGACGUUGUGAUGCUGGUGAGUGGGGAACCCGUGGCUGCAAAGCCUGCACGGAUAGUGGCUGGCCAUGAACCCGAGAAAACCAACGAGCUGCUCCAGACCAUUGCCAAGUGCUGCCUCAACAAGCUUUCCAGCGAUGAGGCUGUAAGACACGUCCUGGCUGGAGAUAAAGUGGACCUAAAGGGGAAAGCCAGCACCUCCAGGUCCCAGGGCAAGGAGAACAGAGAAGAAAAGAUUAAAGAGACCACUGCGAACACUGAGCAGAAAGACCCAGACCAACCGAAGGACCAGGAGAGCAGGAGGAGAAGCGAGAAAGAACCGAGACACCGAGAUGGCGAGAGGACCGAGAAAGCCCGGGAGAGAGACAGGACAAAGGACAGAGAUCGGGAUAAAGACAAAAGCCGCGAUCGGGAUAAAGAAAAAGUCAGAGAGGGAGACAGAGGUAAAGAGAAAGAUCGUGACAGAGACAACGAGAAGGACAGAGAUAGAGACAGAGACCAAGAGAAAGAGAAGACCCGGGACAGAGACAGAGAUAGGAUCAAGGACAGAGAACGGGAGAAAAACAGAGAGAGAGACUCCCACAAAGACAGAGAACGAGUACGGGACAAAGACAGAGAGCGGGAGCGGGACAGGCGAAGAGACAGAGAGAGAGGGCUUCAGAGAGAGAGCGAAGAAAAGAAAAAGGAGAAAACUGAGAAAAAGACCCGAGCUGCAGAGGAAGUGAACAAGCAAAAACCUCCCCCAGAGGAACUGAACAGAAAUCACAAAGUCGAGUCAGGGGAGACUGAAAGAGAUGACCUAGAUGAGGUGCCUGAGGAUAAAGACGAUGAGCCGUCAGAGGCUUCUCCACACCAGCCGGAUAGUCCUGCCAGAAUACCCAGGCCCUCUUCUGCCAAGGGACAGAGACGCCGGCCUAAAUCAGGAGCGCCAGACGAUUCAGAUAGUGAUGGAGCAGGAGACAACGCUACAGUGGAUAAACCAAGUCUCCUUGAAAAUGGUGAUGCUUCAGAUGCGUUGGCACAACAUACAUCCUACAGCAGCAGGAGAAUAGCACGGCCCAGUAGUGCGAGACCAGCGCCUCCCCGAGUGAGGAGGCAGGAGAGCUACACUGACACGGGCCCAGCAGAUAGACUGGGCAGUGCCAAGCCUCCCUCUGCAGUGAUUGUUGAUAGCAAAAAGCUCUCAGAGGAUGAGGAUGAUGAAGACGGUCAGUUUGUGGUGGAGGAGGCGGAUCCACUUCCCACUGACAUGCCUGAGAUUGAGAUGGGGCCAUCAAUUGAAUUACAAGGUGAUGAGAAACAUGGUGGGCUUGUGAAGAAAAUCCUGGAAACUAAGAAAGAUUAUGAAUCAUCCUCAGCUCUAAAGUCCAAAGACCAGGAUCGGACGCCAGUGUUGGAGGCGGCUCGUAAGAAGGAGCGAGAGUUAGUGGUCAGAGAGAUCGAGCGUCUUCGGACGUCCGUCCAGAGUGUGUGUCGCAGCGCUCUGCCGUUAGGUAAGAUCAUGGACUACCUCCAGGAGGACAUGGACUCCAUGACGAACGAGCUGCAGAACUGGAGACGUGAGAACAGGGAACAUGCAGAGGCCCUGCUGCAGGAACAGAGGAUCACCGACAGCGCCGUGAAGCCCCUGAAGGCUGAACUGGCUGAACUGGAGCAGCUCAUCAUGGAACAGCAGGACAAGAUCUGUGCCAUCAAAUCUAACAUCCUCCAGAACGAGGAAAAGAUUCGAAAGAUGGUGUCCAGCAUCAACGUCACGCAAACGUGAACGAAACGAUAACACGAAGCAACGUGCCCCCGUACACAUUCGCUCAUGGUGCGGGGGACAAACACCCCGUACACACUCGCUCAUGGAAACCCGGACGGACAAAAUCGUCUCGCCCUGUUUAACGGCGGUUAAAAAGGUGCCUUCUGUCAAUACCUGAAUCUGUUCUGAGGCAAACAAACAAAAAACAGAACCACUCCUGCACUGUGUCCAUCCCUUCACAUAGAUUUGCACACACAUGGUUCGAGUGAGAAAUAGAUGUUUGGUCACAGUGAUAUUGAUGUGGUAUAUAUUUUAUAACUGCAGUGUCCAGAUUUUGUCUACGAAAAAAAUGAUUCAUUUACGUUUUUUGAAGAUAAAUAAAACGUCUUCUCCAGAUUCAUGUUUAUUUAGAGUAGUGAGAGAGAGAGACCUUUUCCUGGCAAUAUCUAAGACUUUACUGCUUUUCAGGUGUACUGUAUCUCGCUAUCUCUCCAAAGCUUGUCUGAAGCAAUAGCAGCCUGUUUUCUGGACCCUUGAUUUAUUCCAAACCACACUUCCUGUUUUCUUUUUAAUUCGAAUAUUUUUUUCUUCCCUCCUCCACCACUCUCUCUGGGAAACCAAGCACGUAAUGUUAGCAGUUGAAAGUUAUGCAUGCCAAAAAAGCGCUAGUCGAGCACUACUGCACUUUGAUCAGGAAGACUGUGACCGAAUGCAUCCCUGCUUCUGUUUUAAGGGUUAAGAUGCCUGUAUUCUCAUCUCUCUGGGUGUAGGCUGGUUUAACUGACAUGGUAUCAUUUAAGAACAUAAUUUAUCCAGCAAACAUUAUAAGAUCCAAUAAUAAUAAUAA